UGCGAAGGGGUGAUUGCAAAAACAUUCAACCUCGACACACAUUUGCAAACACAUUUACAAAGUCGAGUAAAACCUUUUGCUUGCGCUGACUGCCAUAUGUCUUUUAAUCGAAAGUCACAUCUGACAAGACAUGGCAAAACACUACAUGAGCAAUCAAAAGAUCAUGUCUGUAACCGCUGCGCUACUCCGUUUACCCGGGUUGCAAAUCUUCGAAAGCAUGUUAAAAAGAAGCAUGCGAGUAAUUAA